GUAAACCGCGGAAGUGUGCGUCAUUCCUGGAGAGCGAGAAAGAAAGCAGUAACAAACACUGGCCCGUUCGUUGGUGAAUAAUUCGCAAUAAAACGCAAAUAUGCGUCAUUGAUAUUUUCCACGGUUAUCAAUCGUAAAAGCCAAUAAGGACAACGGUACGAAAUGGCGACUGGGGGUGGUGGCAUCGGCCCACCGUCCAAUCUUGAAGGACGAGCAUCAAAUUUCGCACAUUCUGGAGCGGGAAGAAAUGCUGGAGUGGCCUCGAAUAUGCCAAUCCCCGUGGUCGCAGCACCAAUCUCACCCCCGUCGGGUGGCCUUCACCGGGAGCCUAUGUACAACUGGCAGGCCACGAAGAGCUCAGUAAAAGAGCGCUUCGCGUUUCUCUUCAAUAACGAACUGCUCAGUGACGUUAGGUUUAUUGUCGGUAAAGGUAGACAGGCGCAGAGGAUACCAGCGCAUAAAUUCGUCCUAGCUGCUGGUAGUGCAGUAUUUGACGCCAUGUUCAACGGGGGAAUGGCCACCACCUCGGCCGAGAUAGAGUUACCUGAUGUGGAACCUGCAGCCUUCCUAGCCUUGCUAAGGUUCCUGUACUCUGACGAGGUCCACAUAGGACCAGAGACGGGAUGAUGACCACUCUGUACACGGCGAAGAAAUAUGCCGUUCCUGCUCUAGAGACUCAGUGUGUGGAGUUCCUUACCAAACACCUCAGGGCAGACAACGCAUUCA